AUGUGGUCUGAGCUACGAGAAUUUUCCUUGGUUUACAGAGGACUCGUUUCUGACCGCAGUAAUCCUACAUGUGGUCGGAUACUGGCACAUGCAAGAACCCAGGUGUCAGCAUUUAGGGAGAGGAUUGGGCUGCAACUCUGCGUUUUUAAAAUCGGAGUUACCGCAAACCCUCCUUUCCGUUUUGUGGAUUAUGUUUCGAAGGGUUUUACUGAGAUGUGGGUUGUUUUUGCUGGCUCAGACCUGGGGAUGGUUCACAUGUUAGAAGCAGCUUUAAUUCUGGAAUUCGGCCCAGCAACUGGGUGUCAGAAUGCCCUUGGCACUGGGGGAGAGGGGGCCCUGAACAAAAAGAUAUCGGACGGUCCUCCUUUUUUUGUUUAUGUUACCGGCGGUCGAGCAGAUCAACCCCGGAGAGUCCCAUGCGCCCACGCCGUAUCCAUCGCGAAGGCGGCAGUUGAUGAAGAUUUGACUGCGGCCGACCCUAUGUUGAUACGACUCGCCAAUGUGUCUACUUCGGACGCAGAAUCAGGCGCCCAUGCAGUGUUUCGAGAAGCAUGGCUGACUGCACCUGUGCCGAUCAGUACUGCUAACUUGGCUGAGGACCCAGCUGUGAGGAAGUGGCCAUAUGUGAAAUUUUCGGAUUGGAUGCGCCUCUUGAUAGAUACAGGACGCUUGCCCCGCCAGCUCUGUGGUGUGAGAACAGUUGCAGAGAUGCGUCAACGACUUCGAGUUUUCUGGUUUCGCUUCCAGGCCUUGCACCCCACCCACGAGGUGUUCGUCAGGGCCAUGCAUGGACAAAUUGAUCUUAGCAGGGCAGUCCCAGUGUGGAGCCACACAGAUGAAGGCCGUACUCAAAAAAAGCUGGCUUUGUUGGUGUUGUCGGUGCACGGCUGCCUUGGUCGGGGCACGAAGCAGUACUUGGAUGACAUUCAAAGGGACCCGGACAAAAGGGAUGGCAUGGGUCUCAACUUUAUUGGACCGUCCUGGGGAACGCAGUUCUUGUUUUCUGUGAUGAUGCGGGGGGUAUGGCAAAAGUAUCCCCAAGCUUUGGACAAGCUCGUGGAACUGUUUGCAGAUGAUCUGAGCAGAUGCGCGCUUGAGGGCGUGGCUAGCACCCGCAAUCCGAAUGAAAUCUUCUUUGCGGUACAACUUGGAACCAAGGGCGACCUCCCGGCGUUGAUCAAACUGGGUGGUUUCAAGCGUACAUACAACAGGGUCCCAAAAACGGCCCGCUCGAACACACUUUGCCGCGGGAUUUGUCAUUGGUGCGACGCAGGCAGGGAGGGUGACUUUCCUGUCUUCUUCGAAGAUCUUUCCAGUGAACCUGGCUGGCUCGGUACUGCCUUCAUCAACCCUCCAUGGGACACGGAGCCUACAAUGCUGAGGGGCCAGCUUCUUGAACCUGGGAAGCCAAGUUUCUUCUUUAGACUCGAUCUUUGGCAUUGUUUUCAUUGCGGGGUUGCCCGCGUGUGGUUGGCGUCUGCAUUCAUCGUGCUGUGCAAUCUGGGUGUGAUUGUUGGUGGAUCGGUUGACGCGCGGUUUCGGAGCCUCACUGAGAGCUACAGGGAGUUUUGCGCUCGCCAUCGGUUUGCCAUGCAUAUUCAAGAGUUCACCCGCGACAACCUCGGCUUUGAUUCUGAGGCCUCUUGGCCGGUGGGGAAAUGGAAUAAAGGCGCAGCUUCAACCCACAUGAUGCUAUUUCUGGAAAACUUCAUGGAAGACCGCGUUGUGGGUCGCACUGAUGAUGUAUUGCUGCUUGCAAUCGUAUCUUGUCGCUGCUGUGUGCAAGAAUGUUUCAUGGUUCACGUCUGUUAA